AUGUCAUCUAAAAUUGGCAGAAAAAGUAUGUUAACAGAAAUGGAAGUGUUAGUAAUCGCGAACAAAAUCAGAGAAAAACAAAAUACAUCAGACCCCGUUACACUAACCACACUUGUAGAUUUUGUGGAAACCACAAUUGGAAAAAGAUUGUGUAAACAAACAAUAUUAAAUCAUUUAUCUAAAGAAGGAUUAUCAACAAAACACAUUCAACCACAAGAACAGGAACGCGCUCAGUUAAACAAAGACCUGCUUUUAGAAUACGAAGAGCGUGCACAUCAAUUACUUAACAAUUCAAUUCAGUAUGCUGGUUCUAGAUGUGUGCAUUUAAAUGGAGUGAUUCCAUCUUUGAUACUAAAUAUUGAUGAGAGCGGGUUUAUACCCUACACUGACGAAAAAGGUGCUCAUAGUUUGAUAGAUGCAAAUCUUCCUUUUAGAAGUUACUAUCAAGUUGAUAGAUCAAUCAGACGGGUCACAUUAUUGGCAGGCAUAUAUGGAGAUGGCACCACCUUGAAACCGUUAAUAGUUGUAUCUCGAAAAACUAUUGACAAUGAAAUUAACGAGUAUGUUGAUUCUGACAACAUUGUCAUCGUAUAUCAGGAAAAUGGCUUUGUUGAUCACAAAAUAUAUAAAUUAUGGCAAAAAUAUGUCUUGGGACCUGAUUUGGAAAACAGAAGAAAGUUGUAUAAAAACGAAUGGGCUGUCAUUAUUCAAGAUAACUUUGGAGCACAUUUACAAAAUGAGUGUCAUGAAUGGUUUAUGAAAAAUAAAAUUGGUGAACUUUAUUUGUGUCCUCAUAGUAGCCAUCUUAGUCAACCACUUGAUGUUGUUAUUUUUGGAGCACAAAAGAAAUUGAUCAGAUAUAAAGAAGUGCAAAACGCAGCAAAGGAAAAAAUUGGAAAUGAACUCAUUCUGAAAAGUGACGAAGUUGUUGAGAUCAAGAAAAAAGUUAAAAGUGGCAAAAGAGAAACAAUAGAUUACUUGUUUAGUUCCAAAGGUUUAAGACCAUCGACCAUCGAAGAAAUCAGGACCAGCAGCUUGACCAAACAAAUUGUCGCUAUUGUUUCUUCUUUCCACAAAGCGGCGAUUUCAAAAAACAUCAUUUCUGCAUUUUAUAUCUGUGGGUUUGUUAAAACACAAAUUGCGUCAGACAAGGAAACAACAAAGGAUGAACAUGAGUACAGAAUGUAUUAUAAAAAGGAACAUGCGCGCCAUAUUAGAGAAUUCAUGAAUGAACCAUAUUCAGUGGUAACAGAACAUUUUACAGGUCGUCUUUCGGUUCAAAUCCAAGAUGUGGAGAACCGUUAUGAAAAGAGAAUCAGUGGGAACAACUUAAAUUAA